CCCGGGAGUAGGAGAUUCAGAAUCGAAUCCCUUCUCCCUCCCCACUCCUGUGAGAUUUUUUUGAUCUUCAGCUACAUUUUCGGCUUUGUGAGGAACCUUACCAUCAAAGGCAAUGGCCAACAAUGUUACCAACAAGACAGAUCCUCACUCCAUGAACUCCCAUGUAUUCAUUGGGAAUCUCAAUACUCUUGUGGUCAAGAAAUCUGAUGUGGAGGCAAUCUUCUCAAAAUACGGCAAAAUUGUGGGUUGUUCUGUUCAUGAAGGCUUUGCCUUUGUUCAGUAUGUUAAUGAGAGAAGUGUCCAGGCUGCUGUGGUAGGAGAGGAUGGCAGAAUGAUUGCUGGCCAGGUUUUAGAUAUUAAUCUGGCUGCAGAGCCAAAAGUGAACCGAGGAAAAGCAGGUGUGAAACGAUCUGCAGUGGAGAUGUACGGCUCCUCUUUUGAUUUGGACUGUGACUUUCAACAAGAUUAUUAUGUCAGGAUGUACAGUUACCCAGCAUGUGUACCCCCUCCUCCAAAACGCCAGCGUGUAUCAGGAAACAUCUCACAAAGGGGCAAAAGUGGCUUCAAUUCUAAGAGUGGACAGCGAGGAUCUUCUUCCAAGUCUGGAAAGUUGAAAGGAGAUGACCUUCAAACCAUUAAGAAUGAGUUGACCCAGAUAAAACAAAAAGUGGAUUCUCUACUGGAAAGCCUGGAAAAAAAUGAGAAAGAACAGAGCAAACAAGGAGUAGAGAUGAAGAACGGUAAAUCAGAAGAGGAGCAGAACAACAGCUCCCUGAAGAAAGAUGAGACUAAUGUGAAGAUGGAGUCUGAGGGGGGUGCAGAUGACUCUGCUGAGGAGGGGGAUCUACUGGAUGAUGGUGAUAAUGAAGAUCGGGGGGAUGACCAGCUGGAGUUGAUCAAGGAUGAUGAAAAAGAGGCUGAGGAUGGAGAGGAUGACAGAGACAGCGCCAAUGGCGAGGAUGACUCUUAAGCACA